GAAAUCCUCCUCCCUCCUUCCCAUCUUUCCUUCUACAUUGUCUUCCAACAGCUCCAAGGAAAUUCUCCUUCCUCAUUUGAUCUUCAUUUCUACCAUUCUUUCAUGGAUAGUACUACAAAUGGAAAGAGAGACAGAGAUGCAACACUUGAAAAUUAUGAAUGAGAUUAGAUUGAAGAAGAACAGCAUAGGAUCUAAGAGCAUCAGAGACCCACACAUUAAUAAUGUUAAUGAUCUCAAGUACACAAGUUUGAAGGACAUCUUACCGAUUUCCCCAACUAAAAAUGUUCCCAAUUUCGACGCCAAUGGAUACGACAUUGCUAUACGAAAUCAAUUGGUGAAACAGGCGGCGGCGGCUUAUCUUCAAUCGGCGGCGAUACUCUCAAGUCGCAACCAGAAUUGGCUGGUGAGGUUCUGGAGGAGGGAAGCCAUUAGAGUUGCUUUGCGUUCUUAUUGGCAUGAUUAUGUUAGAGAUCCUUUGGAAGCUUGUGCAAGGCCCAUCUAUCAGUUUCUCACUAGUUUAAUUAACAGAAUUCAUGUUGUGUGGACUAGAACUAUAAUUCCUUGAGAAGAAGUGAUGAUGGAUCUUCUCAAUUAAGGUAGAAGUUUCUUUGUUUUUUUUUCAUUGAAUUCAUUUACUAUCUGUAAUUAUUGAAUAAAAAUGUAAGUGAAGAAAAGCU